AUGGCUCAUUCUGCUGGCUGCGCGGCGGCGGCGGCGGCUCGUGUGUGUGUGUGCGCCGCGCCCCGCCGCUCCCCGCCGGCCCCCCGAGCCCGGGGCGCGCGCUCCAGCCCCGGGAUCGCCGCGGCCCGAGGCUCCCGGCAGCGUAGCAAUGGCCGUGCGCAGGCUGGGGGCUGCGCUGCUGCUGCUGCCGCUGCUAGCCGCCGUGGAAGAAACACUGAUGGAUUCUACCACGGCGACGGCUGAGCUGGGCUGGAUGGUGCAUCCCCCAUCAGGGUGGGAAGAGGUGAGUGGCUACGAUGAGAACAUGAACACUAUCCGCACAUACCAGGUGUGCAAUGUCUUUGAGUCAAGCCAGAACAACUGGCUGCGGACCAAAUUCAUCCGGCGCCGUGGCGCCCACCGCAUCCACGUGGAGAUGAAGUUCUCAGUACGUGACUGCAGCAGCAUUCCCAGCGUGCCCGGCUCCUGCAAGGAGACCUUAAACCUCUACUACUAUGAGGCUGACUUUGACUUAGCCACCAAGACCUUCCCCAACUGGAUGGAGAACCCAUGGGUGAAGGUAGACACCAUUGCGGCCGACGAAAGUUUCUCCCAGGUGGAUCUGGGUGGCCGCGUCAUGAAAAUCAACACCGAGGUGCGAAGCUUUGGUCCCGUUUCCCGCAACGGUUUCUACCUGGCCUUCCAGGACUACGGGGGCUGUAUGUCCCUCAUUGCUGUGCGUGUAUUCUACCGAAAGUGUCCCAGAAUCAUCCAGAAUGGUGCCAUCUUCCAGGAGACAUUGUCGGGGGCCGAGAGCACCUCCCUGGUGGCUGCUCGGGGCAGCUGCAUCCCCAAUGCGGAGGAAGUGGACGUGCCCAUCAAACUCUACUGUAACGGGGACGGUGAAUGGCUGGUGCCCAUCGGCCGCUGCACGUGCAAGGCAGGCUUCGAAGCUGUGGAGAACGGCACCGUCUGCAGAGGUUGUCCAUCGGGAACCUUCAAGGCCAGCCAGGGGGAUGAGGCCUGUGCCCACUGUCCCAUCAACAGCCGCACCACCUCUGAGGGCGCCACCAACUGUGUAUGCCGCAAUGGCUACUACAGGGCUGACCUGGACCCCUUAGACAUGCCUUGCACAACUAUUCCAUCUGCGCCCCAGGCCGUGAUCUCCAGCGUCAAUGAGACGUCCCUCAUGCUGGAGUGGACCCCACCCCGAGACUCGGGGGGCCGCGAGGAUCUGGUCUACAACAUCAUCUGCAAGAGCUGCGGCUCAGGCCGGGGUGCCUGCACCCGCUGUGGGGACAAUGUGCAGUAUGCACCCCGCCAGCUGGGACUCACCGAGCCACGCAUCUACAUCAGUGACCUGCUGGCGCACACGCAGUACACCUUCGAGAUCCAGGCUGUGAAUGGUGUCACUGACCAGAGCCCCUUCUCACCCCAGUUCGCCUCUGUGAACAUCACCACCAACCAAGCAGCACCAUCAGCCGUGUCCAUCAUGCAUCAGGUGAGCCGCACCGUGGACAGCAUCACCCUGUCGUGGUCCCAGCCAGACCAGCCCAACGGUGUGAUCCUGGAUUACGAACUACAAUAUUAUGAGAAGCAGGAGCUCAGUGAGUACAACGCCACAGCCAUAAAAAGCCCCACCAACACGGUCACCGUGCAGGGACUCAAAGCCGGCGCCAUCUAUGUCUUCCAGGUGCGGGCACGCACCGUUGCAGGCUAUGGGCGCUACAGCGGCAAGAUGUACUUCCAAACCAUGACAGAAGCCGAGUACCAGACCAGCAUCAAGGAGAAGCUGCCCCUCAUCGUCGGCUCCUCCGCUGCUGGCUUAGUCUUCCUCAUCGCUGUGGUCGUCAUUGCCAUCGUAUGUAACAGAAGACGGGGGUUUGAGCGCGCCGACUCAGAGUACACCGACAAGCUGCAGCACUACACCAGCGGCCACAUGACCCCAGGCAUGAAGAUAUAUAUUGACCCCUUCACCUAUGAAGACCCUAAUGAGGCAGUGCGGGAGUUUGCCAAGGAAAUCGACAUCUCCUGUGUCAAGAUUGAGCAGGUGAUUGGAGCAGGGGAGUUUGGUGAGGUCUGCAGUGGCCAUCUGAAGCUGCCAGGCAAGAGAGAGAUCUUUGUAGCCAUCAAAACCCUCAAGUCGGGCUACACGGAGAAGCAGCGCCGGGAUUUCCUAAGUGAGGCAUCCAUCAUGGGCCAGUUCGACCACCCCAAUGUCAUCCACUUGGAGGGGGUCGUCACCAAGAGCACACCUGUCAUGAUCAUCACUGAGUUCAUGGAGAAUGGCUCACUGGAUUCCUUCCUUCGGCAAAAUGAUGGGCAGUUCACAGUCAUCCAGCUGGUAGGCAUGCUGCGGGGCAUCGCAGCUGGCAUGAAGUACCUAGCAGACAUGAACUAUGUGCACCGGGACCUCGCUGCACGCAACAUCCUCGUCAACAGCAACCUGGUUUGCAAGGUGUCCGACUUCGGGCUCUCGCGCUUCCUCGAGGAUGACACCUCUGACCCCACCUAUACCAGCGCUCUGGGUGGGAAGAUCCCCAUCCGCUGGACAGCGCCGGAAGCCAUUCAGUACCGGAAAUUCACCUCAGCCAGCGAUGUGUGGAGCUAUGGCAUCGUCAUGUGGGAGGUGAUGUCCUACGGGGAGCGGCCCUACUGGGACAUGACCAACCAGGACGUGAUCAACGCCAUAGAACAGGACUACCGGCUACCUCCGCCCAUGGACUGCCCGAGCGCCCUGCACCAGCUCAUGCUGGACUGCUGGCAGAAGGACCGCAACCAUCGGCCCAAGUUUGGCCAGAUUGUCAACACGCUGGACAAGAUGAUCCGAAACCCCAACAGCCUCAAAGCCAUGGCGCCCCUGUCCUCUGGCAUCAACCUGCCUCUGCUGGACCGAACGAUCCCUGACUACACCAGUUUUAACACGGUGGAUGAGUGGCUGGAAGCCAUCAAGAUGGGACAGUACAAGGAGAGCUUCGCCAAUGCCGGCUUCACCUCCUUUGACGUUGUAUCUCAGAUGAUGAUGGAGGACAUUCUCCGGGUUGGGGUCACCCUAGCUGGCCACCAGAAAAAAAUCCUGAACAGUAUCCAGGUGAUGCGGGCCCAGAUGAACCAGAUCCAGUCUGUGGAGGUUUGACGUUCGCCUGCCUCGGCUCGCCUCUUCCUCCAUGCCGCCCCCUAAGCCCCCUACGUCGGUCCCUCUGCUGCCCUGUCCACUGCAGGGUCAGCCACCUGCCAGGAGGCCACAAGGCAACAGGAAGCACCAAGAGCACUCCAGCCAACAAGACGUCACCAAGAACCCAUGCAAGUCAAUGGAAGGAAAAGGGAAAGGGGGGAACACGCACCUAGAUCUGGGAGGGGGCGGGACAGGCAAGGACCGUUUGUUCCAAGAGGAUUCUCAUAAGAAGAGUGAUGAUGGUUCUUAGGGGAGAAAAGAAAAGGGCUUGGGGGAGCCACACGGUCUGUCCCAUUGGAAGCCAAGAGCAUUUUCUCUCCAGCUCCUUCUGGGAAGGUUGAGCUGGCCGGAGCCAGGAAACAUUUCCAGGAUGAUUAACAUGAAGGGAAGAGAUGGGCCACCCUCCUUGCCUGGCCUUAGCUGUGUCUUGGAGCGUCACUAACGGCCCAGCCCUAGGCACAAGGGGCAGAGAGACAGGCAGCCAGCCCACAUAGGCUCCAAGGAAGUCCAUUCCAGCUGCCGCCAGCAGACAGGAGACUAGUUUUGUCCUGAGAGACGAUUUCAAAAACUCCGAGAGACUUUCAGCUAAUGGUUCAGGAGGCGGAAGAGGAGCUUCUGGCCUCCCAGGUCACGCCAAACAGGCCAGAUCUGCCUGAGGCCCAGCCACCCAGGUCUGCAGCCCCAGGUGGCCCUGCCCUGCCCGGGUGCCUGCUCCCGCUCGGCCUCACCCUGAGGACAAUGCUGCGGGUGACUGUCAUCAGCCACGACUGCCACUGAGAAGCAUUGAUCUUGCAUCUGGGUUUGUUUACAGCAAUUCACGGACUGGGGGUAUUUUGAUUGGGGUGGCUUUGGUCUGGGGAGGGUUUGUUUGUUGGGUUUUUUUUUUUAAAUGACAAUGAAGAGACACUUUGACAUUUCCUACCUUUUGAGGACUUGAUCCUUCUCCAGGAAGAAGGUGCUUACUGCUUACUGACUUAGGCAAUACACCAAGGGCGAGAUUUUAUAUGCACAUUUCUGGAUUUUUAUAUGCUUUUCAUUGACACCCCUCCCUCCUCCCACCUGCUGCCAGGCCUCACCAAAGCCAACUGUCACAGGGCCACCUGGGUCAUUCAGAGACCUCAGUGGGGCUGGGGGAGCGGAAGGAGUUGCACCGAGCAUCCCACCUUGGAAAGCAGACUGAGACAGAUGGGGGCUCCUAGGCUGGAAGUCUUCCCUGCCUCCCUGCACACUUUCACGCUCUUUGCCCUCUUCUAGCUGGUACUUUGCAGGCACAGAGGCCCCUUCAGGUUCUUGGGUGCUCUCCGAUGGCCAAAACCCAAUUUCACCUCUGGGAGCCUGGAGCAGGCUACCCAGGACAUCAGGACCCUGAUCAUUCACUGUGACACCCCAGCCCUCCAAGGGUACCCCUCAGAGACCAUGUGACUCUCUUUCUAUCUCUCACUUCUUCCUUCCCUGAGGCCUUUGCCCAGGUCUUAAAGUCUUGGCCAGAGGAACAUCGUCAGCCAAGGGAUCUGGCCACAGACUCCCCUGUGGGCCAGCGCAGGAACCCGAGCAGAACAAUCCGUUAGUGAAUUGAAUGGAAAUAAAUGCUUUAGUUAUAAAAUGACCCCUGUACUCUGUAAGUUCCGAGAAAAAGACCCUGUCACUUUGGGGACCUGCCAAAUGACUUUGAAUGCUCUUGCAAAGGAGGGACUCUUCCCAACCCCCAUGCUGGCCCCUCCCUCCUCCAGGAUCCUAAAGGCCCAGACUGAGGAAAUUCAUGGAGGGGCCGGGUGGGGGGGAGUUCAUGUAGCUUUCCUAGCUCAGGGUCUUCAGAAGCACAGGCAGGCAAUGGAUUAGCUCAGCUCUGCAGAGUGAGCCACACGGAAGACACAUUAGAAGCAGGGGUGUACAUGAGACUCAGAAUGCCCCUGCCAGAGGACAGGGACUAUGGGUAUUGGGUGAGCUGUGGUCAGGUGGUUGUGAUGU